AAAUCAAGUAAAAUGGCGUCCGAAGUACGUGAAGAACGAGGGAGAGGGCGAGCUGACCAAGGCAAAUGGAGAAGGGAAAGGAGAAGGGCGAGCCGGCAACAACGAGAGAAGCGGCAGCAGAGACAUCGGCUUCCCGCCUGGCGGCGGACUCCAUGGCCGAGGGCAGCGAAGAGCCGGCUAUGCCACCCGGCCGCCUCUCCGCUCGCAACACUUCCUCCAAAUACGAUUUCGUUAAGGUGAAGGUUUGGCUAGGGGAUAAUGCGGAUCACUACUAUGUGUUAUCGAGAUUCUUGUUGAGCAGAAUGCUUACUGUAACGAAGAUCCCAAAUCAUGUUGCUAUUAAAAUUGCUCUUGAACUCAAAAAGCUGCUUGUAGACAACAGCUUGUUGGACGUUUCACAAUCUGAUCUGGAGGCUAAUUUGUUUAAGCUUAUGGAGCGGAGAGGCUAUGGAGAAGAGUAUAUUAUUCGCUACAAGAUGAUGACCAGAUUUCAUCAUCAAAGGGUUCCUCUUGUAAUACUUGUGUGUGGUACUGCCUGUGCUGGAAAAUCCACUAUUGCAACGCAACUUGCUCAACGCCUGAACUUGCCAAAUGUUUUACAUACAGAUAUGGUCUACGAGUUGCUGCGAACCUCCACCGAUGCACCAUUGGCUUCCACUCCAGUUUGGGCACGAGAUUUCAAGAGCCAGGAAGAACUUGUCACCGAGUUCUGUAGGGAGUGUAGAGUGGUAAGGAAAGGUUUGGCAGGUGACCUCAAGAAAGCAAUGAAAGAUGGCAAGCCUAUCAUAAUUGAGGGAAUACACUUGGAUCCAAGUAUUUAUCUGAUGGAUGAGGAAAAUGGAGUGUUAACUGGGUCAUUUAAGAAGGCUAAAGUUCCAACAUCUGCUAUAGGAACUUCAGUGGAUAAACUUGCUAACUCAGUGGAGACAGUUUCAUUGGGUUCUUCUACUGAUAAUGUUUCUGGUUCUGUUAAUUCACACAAAAUUGAGAGAGAUAGCUGCAGUGAAGAUUCAUUCAUUCAAGGACAGAGCAUCUCAGGAAGCCACACACCAGAAGUAACUGAAGUUCCGGCACCAUCAGAUGUUACAGACACUGUACAUGAAUCCCAAGGUGGGGGUAAAAAGGUGGAAAGUACCUCAAAGCAGGACAAACCCGUUGCUGAGCCAAUAAUUGUUCCCAUUGUAUUGAAGAUGGCUGAUUUUGAUCACAAGGCAUUACUGGAGGAAUGGAUUUCUACUCGAACAUUUGGUGAUAAAUGUCUUGCUCAGGAUCAAGAUACUUUAGUUAGAAAUUUGAAGAUUAUUCAAGAUUAUUUGUGCUCAUUCGAGACACAGAUCAUGGAUAGCCACAUUUCCAGCUCCAUGAAGAUUGUCUAAGUCCUUGAAACUUCUUGCUGCAUCCAUGUGGCAUAGGUCUGCUUAGUUUGCAUGGUUGGCUUCUCUUUCUUGCAAUAUUAUUAUUAUGGUUGCAUCAUCAUAAACUUUGCGUGUAUGACAUGGUUUUGUCUUUUCCGGUUAUGAGCAUUCAGCAACUUGAUUUUCAACUAUGGUAUUUCAUUUAAGAUUUCAACUGAAGGUUAUGUUUUGUGUACCCACCAUCAGUGACGUACAUCAGUAAUCGUCAUUUGUGUGUUGCUUGCACGUCAAUUUGGUUGGUUGUUCUAGAACUAGAUCUCGUAUGUACAUUUAAUGAAGGCCUUGGCAUUUUGACAGCUAAUAUAUUGUUGAUGGCAUCGUGCAUUCUUAAAAUCCACGGUCAUUUGUUUUAAUUUUGUCUCUUUCCUCUUACUCUCUUUCUGU